UUCUUACUAUUGCCACAUGGGACGCUCUGGUUUUGUGCAUGCAGUUCAGCUUUAAGGUGAACAAUACUAGCAAACAUUUGCAUCAGCAAAAAGCGUUGUCCAGAUAAAUUAGCUUCGUCGAAAUUGAUAUCUUUACGAUAAUUGAAUGUUAACCUUUGAUUGAACAAGACAAGAGGAUAUGACAUGAUACGUCUGCCCUCAGUUAACCUGAUACUGGGGUUCGUAAUUGGACCCAUGUGGGCGUGACCAGCCCCAAGUUUGUGGAAUUAAAACGAGUUUAAUUGAGCUCACAAGAAGAACUCACAUGCCCGACUGUCUCGCCUCGUGAUUAUCGAAACCCGGCCCGUCGGCGUUGUUCGGGGGAGAUUUCACGCAUCCUCAAUUUAGCUUAAUCAAGCUAUCAUAACGGUAAAUGUUAAUAGCCAGCAUAAUACUAAAGAUUUGGUUUUAUGUGAACUUUUGAAGACUUUGUUGGUGACCCAGCAUGGAGCUGAGUAACGAGGGACUAUAAGCUCAGUGUUGACAAAUCGAGGGGAACAUUGCAGAAUUGAAAAUGACUCAACCCCAGGAAUCUGUCGUUCGUUUUUUGGAUUAGAAUCCAAUAUUUUUGGAGGAUUAGUGUGAACUUCAAGAGGACUUGAGACUUGUGGAAUGCAUUGCACAAGCAUUAUAUUCUAGAACUUUGAUCAUUAGUGGAAUAGUCAAAACGAAGAGAGGGAGGAAGGUGGUACUCCCAAUCCAUUUCAGACCUUACAACAUUUAGCUUGUAAAUGCUUGGUCCUUCUAACAAAGACGUAUGAAGACACUCACUGAUUGGGCAUCAUUUUGACAAGGUUUAAGAUCGAAUGAAAUGACAAGUGAUUAAUGGAGCAUACGUCCUGACAGGGAAUGGACUUGGAUAAACUAAAUACCUCAUUCAAACCGAACGAAGACUAAACUCUAAUACACUUUACCAGUUUUCCUUAGGGGGAAGCAAAGACGUCUUAUCUUACUUAAUCAGGAUUAGGUGAAGAAAAUAUAGCAACACCAGACCUCACUUGACAUAAAGUGUCUCUUUGUCAACACGAGGCGGAUGUUUGGAAAUGGACUCCAGUCUAUCGACACAGGCGACCACUGAAAUCUAUUGGCUGCCCUGUGAGGGGAGUAAAUAUUUGAUGUUACAGAAGUGAUUAGCAUAACUCAAUAUGCAACUAGAGAUCACGCCGAAGCGCUGGUGCCUCCUGUUCCAAGGGGAGCGACGCAUCGCCGUCAAGAUUCGUGGAGUGGUGCCGGGGGAGAAAGGGGGCAUGUUGGGUGGACGCUCUGCCGUCGAAUGGAAUGGAAGGAAAUAUAUGUUUAUGAACUGGAAGAUCCCAGAGCGUGUUGUCUCAAAUGAUGGCUCAGCCAGGGCGAGCACCAGGGCAAGUGCAGCCAGCAAGCUAUCUGUACAGUCAGAACAGUUGCCGAAGAUUCCUGAUCUCGUGAACAGCACACCAGUGCCUACACCGGCCAAGACUAUUACUCCAACAAAGUCUGCCACACCCCGCCUUCCUGCCAAACUGUUAGUGAGAGGGCCAGCACAAGAGGCCAUCAGGCACUCGCUAGAUCCCCAACUCCAGAGGAAGGCUGAGCAGCUUCUAGAGAGUGCUGCCCCCUGUGAGAGGCGGGCAAUAGAGAAGGCUGUAUUGGCAGCUCAGAGGGCUGGCAAGCAAGGACCUGGCCAACCAAGGAAGACGUACAAGGCUGAUGCUAAAACAGCUGUCAACAGGUGGUUGGAUGAUGCUACAGAUGAAGAACGAGCUUUAGCCCUAGAGUUCUUCCAGACAGCGUCCGCCUCGAAGAUGAUGGGGGAUAGUGCUGAUAAGAAGAAGAGGCUGAACCAAGUUUUAUCACAAUUAGAAAGCGGGCAGGCACAUGGAGUGAGCCAGUCUCAUCCUGGACACCCCAUGAAAUCAGACAGGAAGGGUUUGAAAACCAUCCAGCUAUACCCAUCAGAGGAGCGGAGAAAUCGCUGGCAGCACACUACUUGGCACCACAUGCCCGAUUACAGAGACACUGACCGCGUAAACAACAGAACCGCCAUCUAUAUUGAUUCACAGAAAUCAAUCCCGAGACACUAUACAAUUCAUCCAGACUGGGGAAUGUGAACCAUUACAAACAACACGUACAUGUAUUUAGACAAUUUUUUGUCCACUUUCGGAUGCUAAAAAGGAGGAUCUAGUAGAUGACUUUAUCUCAUUUAGGUAUCAUCUCUCAUCUUGUACACAGCAUGGCAGAAAUUUGAAACUGAGCAGUCAUGAAAUACAUGAUCAUGAGUAUAAACAGCUUGUCUCACCUCCUUGCCGGGACAGCCUAUGGCAGAGACCUGUCAAGGGCAAUCCAUUUAGUAAUUCAUAUACCUGACUUUUUCGAAAACUUCAACUCUUCAUUACAAAUCACAUACAAAAAGAGGUCAAUUGUGUGAGGUCAUCUGGUAGUUUACAUAAUGACAAGCGUGUACAGCUCAAAAUGGUUCCCUGAAUAGUUAAAUUUCUUUUCAUUGAGACCGACCGUAAACAAGAUUAUUGGUAUUUAAAUGCUGUUAGAGGAUAGUGCACCACAGAGAAGAGAAAUUAACACUUUGGUCAAAGCUUUAAGAAUCAACAAAAAUCUUUAAAAAGUAGUAUAAUCUGUCAUGUGAAGCAAGAAUUUGAUGUUUUGCUAAGACUACAGAACCGAGGGAAAAAGAAGGAAUAAGCUCCUGUGUGCUCAUUGAGUUUUAGCCACAGCACAACAAUAACCUCACAAGCAGAACAACCCAUAAUAAAAUACCGUUUAGUUCUUCAACUCUUCACCAAAUUCACUUUGUAUAGCAAAAACUUGUAUUCCAAGGCAUAUCUGUGAUAUCUAGACAUUGUGCACUGUAGAUGUAUUGAAUUAUACACUUCCACUUUUGAAAAAUGUUGCAAUGAUGAAAUAUAUAAAACUCACAAUGGAGUUGUUCUUUUUCUGGA